AUGAUGCCAGUCCAGUCUAUCGAGGCCCAGCCUCCUCACCUUAGUUCGGCUAUGAAUGCUCCUAGCACCGCCUCCGCACCCCUUGGGGAAACCGCCGAGAAGCAACAGAAACCCAAGACGCUGCCCUGCAAGUACUGCAGCAAACGCUUCAGGCGCGUAGAGCACGUGCAGAGGCAUGAGCGCACUCACACUAAAGAGAAACCAUUCUCGUGCGGUUGGGCUCGUUGCGGGAAAACCUUCGGACGUCGCGACCUCUUGGUACGGCACGAGAAACUCGUCCACCUCAACGAAGGAAGCAGUAAUAGAGAUGCCAAUCGGUUGAGAAAGUCGUCAGGUGCCGGGGGCCACCAGCUCCCGUCCUCCGAGAACCAUGGGGACCAUGAGAUGCUUAAUCUUCAGCGAACUCCCCCGUCCCCUCAUCAGCCCCAGCAGUAUCGCCAGGAUUCCAUGACCACCGCUGGGCCAUCGACACACCCGCAAGAUCCCCGCCUCCAGCAGUCUCGGGCUGCGGCCUGCAAUUUGGAUCUUCUCUCGGAUGCCGCCCUUGCCAGCGAAGUCUCUCCUAUGCAACCCAUGAUGGCCGAUAUGGGGCAGCCCCAGACGUCGCAUGCGAGAAUCAAGUCGUACGGAGAGCCGGUUGGAUACUCCGAACGCCCGCGCGAAGAGCCUCCGGCCCUGGCGCCUGCCUUCGCACCACAGCCGGCACCUCCGCCGUACGACGACUAUAAUCUCUUCCUCGACGAGUUCGGCAGUUCGUCCCAUUUUCUUCCGCCACCGUUUGAGCCCGACCAGCAAACCGGCGGCAUGUGGCCGAGGCAGCCUGGAGAUUUGGGUCAACGGGGUCCAUCGAAACCAGGGUCGCAAUAUCCCUCACGGUUCCCCUCCGUUCAGCCCGACGGCCGCGAGGGCCCAGAAGGACCUCCGAGAAGCGGAGAUGAACCACGUGCUCCUCCACUCCGAAUUUCCGCUGCCGACCAUACCGUCAUAAAAAACAGGUUGGAAGAGUUCUCCUCCGUCCUCCCCAACGACUUCGUCUUCCCCUCUCGCCACACUUUGACCCGGUUUCUUGAAGGAUACAUCGGCGGGUUUCACGAAUAUCUCCCCUUCCUCCACCUCCCAAGUCUCACGCCUGCAGAGAUGGCCCCCGAACUUCUUCUUGCCAUUCUUGCCGUCGGCGCCCAGUAUCGAUUUGAGAGUCAUCGCGGACAUGCCCUCUGGUAUGCCGCCAAGGCAGUUGCUCUGGAACAGAUCCGGCGCAGGCAUAGCCAUGAAGUUCAUGCACUUCUCCCCACCCCAGCUGCGUACAGCCCGCACUCGACGAGGCCAUCCCCUAGUGCCGGUUUUCGACACACGUUUCCCUCGGCACAGCAAGAACGACCCAUGACGCAAGAUACACAUCGGGAGCCAUUCUCGCCGAAUACUCCCCAAGCUAGGUUAGAGACCAUCCAGGCCGUGUUGCUCCUCUUCGCCGUAGGACUUUGGGGCGCCAAUGCCAUCCUGCACGAAGCGCUCUCGCUGCAGAGCCACAUCGCCAUCUUAGUUCGUGAAGAGGGCCUGGCAGCUGAAUCUAGCCCCGGGGCUGCGCCUGACUGGGAGACAUGGGUACGGCUAGAAGGCGCCUCGCGCACGAAGCUGAUAGCCUUCUGCUUCUUCAAUCUAUGCAGCAUAGCGUACAACAUGCCGCCGCUCCUCUUGACGUCCGAUGUCAACCUAUUCCUGCCUUAUCCGUCUCGCAUGUGGAGGGCGGAAACAGCGUGGCAAUGGCAGGAAGCGCGGCAAGCGUUCCCACCGGUAGAUAUCACUGUGCACGAUGCAUUCGCCAGGCUGUUCAGCAGAUCACCGCAGGCUCUCCCUCCACACAUCUCGGCGCUUGGCCACUACGUCUUGAUCCACGCCCUCAUGCAGCACAUUUACCUCCUUAAGCAGACUUCUUUCGCGCUGACUCCGCCCUUUGAGCCGCAGAGGGGACUCAAACCAGACGAUGUCGAGGAUGUGACACAGGCGCUGCGAGUCUGGCAAAGCAGCUUCGAGCACCGACACCAGUUGCGAGCCGCCGAGCCGGUGGGCACGGGCGACUCUUUCCCUGGCGGGCCCGUGGCUUUCAACGCGACGGCUCUUCUCCGACUUGCCUACAUCCGGCUGUAUGCCGACAUUCCGCCGAACCGGGCCCUGGAGACGCGCGACCACAUGCUGAUCGCGUCAUCUCUCACCAACACGCCGCUUCUGAUUCGCAGCUUGCGUCUCCACAGAGCUGUCUUCCAGGCGAUCCAUGCCCUCUCGAUACUGGUCAAGGCCGGCGUUAAUUACGUGGCUAGGACGAAGUCACUAGAAUGGAGCAUCCAGCACUCUCUGUGCAACUUUGAAUGUGCCGUACUAUUAUCCAAAUGGCUAUUGACGCUCUCUUCGAUUGGGCCGAACGAACCGCCGGUAUCUCCCGAAGAAAAGAACCUGCUGGAAAUGGUGCGACGCAUGCUUGACGAGACGGAAUUCGCUGUGCCCAUCGACCCAUCGCUGGGCGGCCCAACGGCGGGACAACCGCCUAGCAUGGAAGCCAUUGCCGGGGACAGCACGAGGCUGAGGCAACUCGCAGCGGCCGUGAUUCGUCUCUGGGCGGAGACGUUCAAAGGCUCACAUAUAUUCGACAUGGUCCGGGUGAUGGGGUCAAGUUUAGACGGGUAUGCGAACCUUAUCGAGAAACCGAGAGACAGGACGCCCCUGGGACGGAUGGCGCCUCAGGUCGUUCUUGGUUGA